UUAGUCUCUACAUACUGUUUUAACUGAAAAUAUGUACAUAUGGUGAUCACUUCUAGAAAUUGUAGAGAUGGACGAGCUGUUCCUUUUAAAGUAGACUUUCUGAAUGGAACAUUGAAAAGUUGUCCAUAAAAUGCCCUGAGGACAUUUUGGGUGUGCUGUAUGGAAAUGUGACUGGAUGUUGAGACUGUAAACUUAUGUACAUAAUGUAAAUUAUGAGUAUGAUUUUAGAAAUUGCAGUGACAGUUUUUUGCAAUAGUUGUUUUAAAGGCCUUGCAUUCAGGCUACAACCAAAUGUACCCCUGAUGGAAAAGCUACAGCAGGAGGAGAUGUAACGCCAGCUGGCCUCUGGGAGCAGUUUGGGAGGGGGUCCUGCAGAUUGGGAAGGGGUCCUGCAGAUUGGGAAGGGGUCUGCAGAUUGGGAAGGGGUCUGCAGAUGUUAGAGCCCAGACUGGCUCACCCUUCAGGUUUGGAGCUGUGAAAGCCUUCAGCAAUGCCUCUUUCUAAUUAAAGCUACAGACAGAAGGCUGGAGUCACAGAUGAUGCUAGCGUUUUUACAACUUUGUAAUUAGUUAUGGUUUCUUACAGUAGUCAGUUAAUGUUUGCAUGAUGUGCACUAUUGCACAGUCACUGAACCGAGUUACUUCUGACUCAGGGACUCUUUUACAGACUGACACCACAGCAGCUGUGGUAUUAACUCUGAAUCUGAAUAAAAAGGUGUUCUAAGGAAGCCUCGAAGGUGUGAUUAUUUUACUCUAGGCCUACUUGCUUCAUAAAUAUCCUCACGUGCUUUCAUUAAAGCCCCCUGAGAAGUUAGUUGUAAGUUGUUUUUCUGUACAACAUUAUGUAUUCAUGACUAGACACAGACCAAAGCUAAGUUUGGAAUACAAAAAAGUUGUUAUUGUUCCUUAAAAGUGUAAUGUAUAAAAUGCUGCUUAUCUUUAUUCUUAAAUCAGAAUAGUCUGACAUAUUUCAUGUCUUCAGACAUUUUGAUUGGUACACAAAAAUAAAAAUAAACUAAGAUCUGCGAGAAAAGCACAGGUAAAAACUAAGUAUUUUAAUAAUUAUAGUAUCUAUUUCGAGCUAGAGUUUUGUGCUUAGAUAAUUAAAGGGCCUGUCCCUAACGAAGGGCCUGUCCCUAACGAAGGCCAGCUGAGUUCAGGGAUUCAAACAAAUAAAAAACUGGGCAAUUAAAUGGAACAGUAAAGACACACUUAACUCAGAAACUGGCAUUUAAUAUAGUGGCGACUUAUUGUAAUUACACUGUUCGAAAUGUGUUCACGGUUUGUAAUAAUUACAUCUGAUACUGAUAUCUCUCCAGAGUCAUAUGACUGGUAGGGUUGGCUGGACUUUGGAUGUUUGCCGAGUCAAACAUUAAAUCAGAGGUGAACACUGAGGACCGCAAUGUGGUGUAUUUGACAGAAUAAAAGAUGGAAGAAGGGGCAGCAGUGAGCUGCCGAGCACAGUCCCAGAAAGGGGACAAACACUGUCUUCAGGAGCUCAGGAUUGUCCUCCUGGGGCACGACUGGCUGGAAAAGAGUUUGACAGGAAACGCCAUCCUCGGCCGACAGAUGUUUGAUAUCAGCAGAGACGUGAAGAUGUGUGUCAGAAGACAGGGUGUUCUGGACGAUGGCCGUGCGGUUAUUGUUGUCAACAGCCCCGAGAGGUGGAUCCACUACUCUGUCCGAGACCCCGGCCUAGUGAAGGACAACAUGGCAGCGUGCAUGGCCGUGUGCAACCCAGGACCUCAGGCCUUCCUCAUGGUAAUACCCAUCAGCCCUCACAGAGGCCGGGAGUGGACAGUGGAGGGACCUCUGGAGCUGCUUCAUGACAGAGUGUGGAGAAACACGAUAGUGAUAUUCACCAGAUGUGAGAAGCUGAGGGGGACGACUGUCGAGGAAUACUCAGAAAGACACAGCUUUCUCAAAGCCGCUCUGGAGAGGUGUGGACGCAGAUACCACCUUUUAGACACAAGUGUUUGGGGAGAAGAGGAUGAUACUCAGGUUGGAGAACUUUGGGAGAAGAUUGAUGCAAUGGUUGCAGGAAACAUAAAGGCGGGGGGCGUUGGUUAUGUGUCUUCAAAUGAGGAAGUCUUGAAAAUAACUGGAAAGGGAAGGAACGAGGUAGAAGAGAGGGCCAUUCUGAGGCGAAUGAAUGUGAAGACGGCCAGAAACAAUAUCAGAUCUCUGAUGGGAGAGUCUCCUCCGUUUUCAACACUACGAGUUCUUAUCGUGGGACCGAAGCAGGUUGGGAAGAGCUCGGCUGGAAACACCAUUCUUGGAGUGAAAUUAUUUCCUGCUGAACAUCCAUUACCACUGUGCACAGAGAGAAGGGGUUAUGUUCACGAGAAGCAAGUCAUUCUGGUGGAGGCUCCUGGCUGGCAUGGGAGAUACUGCUCAGAGGACACUCCACAGGAAGUACAGCAGCAGAUUACUCACAGUGCAUCUCUGUGUCCCCCCACUCCCCAUGCUGUCCUGGUGGUCGUACGCAGCGAUGAGACUUUCACUGAAACGGACCGGUUGAAAGCAGAGGAGCAUUUAAGCCUGCUUGGAGUUGGGGGUUGGUCUCGAUUCAUUGUGCUGUUUACUUGGGGAGACAAACUGGGAGUCACAUCCAUCGAGGAGCACAUUGAGAGAUGGCCUGCCCUCCAGUGGUUGGUGGACAAAUGUGGGAAUCGAUAUCACGUUUUCAAUAACUCAAACAAGGUUGAAGACAUUCAGGUUCGAGAACUGCUGGCGAAGAUUGAGGAAACAGAGGUGGGAAAUGAUCAUGAACACUUGUUGCUCAGUGUUAUACAACUCAAAGAAAGCAACAGGAAGCUGCUUCAAAGCUCCAAAAAGAAAGCCAGGCAGCUUAAGAGGGAAAGAAGGGAAAGCGAUAUGCUGAGGCAAACAUUGGAAGAGAAGGAAAGGAUAAUAGAGGAGAUGAUUAAAACUGCCAAAGAUAAGAGAGAUGAGAAGAUAGAAGCUCUGAAAGCAGCGAGGGACUCGAAGGAGAGGAAAAAUAAAGAGUAUGAAGAAGAGAUUGGCAGAAGAUCAGUGGAGGCUGAGAGGGAGAACAUCCAGCUCAAACAAGUCAUCAUGGGGAAAGACAGAACCAUAACAAGCCUUAGUGAAAGAUGUGUUGCAAAUGAUGAUGUGGCUGAAGUUACAAAGCAAAAGAGUGAGGUGGAAAAGAAAACGCUUCAGGAAAGAGUGAAGGAACACGAGCAAGAGACAGCAGCCUUUAAGAAAAACUAUGAGGAGAAAGAUCAAGAGUUGGAUCAAAUGAUGAGGAAUCACAAAAGACAAACGAAAGAGCUUGAAGAGCUAAUUGAACAGCUGCAGAAAGACAAUGAAAACACAAAGGAGGUGUUGAAGGCCACACUUGAAGGGAUGCAGAGACACUAUCAGAUAAAAGAAACUACAGACAGAACAUAUGAGCCUAAAACUGAGCAAUUUAACAACAGGAACCACUACAGGCAAACAAUGACGGAUCUCAAGUCACUUAAUGAGCUUGGUCGACAACAGAAAAGGACGUACACGAUGCCAUUGAGCCCUCACGGAGACACUGAUAAACCCAAAGGAGAACAGAACAGUCUGGAAGAGCUGGAAAAAGACACCAUGCCGCCUGAGAAGAGAGACGAAGAUAACCAAGCGUUGCAGCUUCAGGCUGACUUGACUCCAUCGUGGCUGAGGGCCGGAGCGGCUGCGCUGGGAGCUGCAGUCGGGGCCCUGGCCGGCUCCUCCAGGGUGAACACAGGUCCCAAGUCAGCUGUCGGGGCUGCAGCUGGGGCUCUGCUGGGCAGCUUACUAAUGAGGAGCCUGGCCCCAGCAGGGGAGGAUGACCCGAGACACUGACAGCAAGUGAGUCACUAUCAGUGGAGAUGAGUUUUGACAAACGGACAAACAUUUCCUCAUUUCUAUCAGGACACAGUUACAGUAUGAUGUAAGGAACAUUUCAAUGAAUUCACAAGUUAUUUAUAUCAACCAAGAUCUGAAUCUUCUUACAUCCUAAGAAAAGGUCAGAUUACACAAAAUAAAUUAUUUAGUUUAGCUAAUUUGUGAAGGUACACUGCAAAUGUAUAAUCACACAUUGUAUAUAAAAUGCCAGAAUAAGCCAAACUGCAUUUUUCAUCUGAAGUCCCCUGACCAAAGUGUUACAGAAAUACAUCGGAGUAAAAACAGGCCAUGCAGUUUAAAGGUAUGAAAAGGACACAAAGUAUAAAGAGAUCUAUACAUGUAGAACAGGUUAAGAGCAAUCUGGAUGUUUUGUUCAGAGGUUGCACAUAAAUGUUUAAGGUGUAGCUUUACUGGACUAUUUGCAUUAAUUGAAAUAUGAACUCUAAAUAUUCAGAUGUAAGGGCUAAGUCCUCCAACGAGGUGGUCACAGAAACAGUCAGUAAUACUGCAAACUAAAAAGGGCCUUCAUCACUGGGCAAUAUCAUCAAUCACCAUUGUGUUCCCUCAUUCAGCAAAAGACAGAAAUGUGCUUCAAUGACAAUCUUCGAUAUUAUUACAUAAGAACUUGUCCGGUCAAAAAUUUAAAUAUAUUAUUUGUGUGAUGCUGUAGAGCAAAUUUCUGUCUCACAAAACAUAAUUGCAUUACAAAUAAGAGCAGAAUAAUCACAAUUCAUUCAUGUUACAAUACAUACAAAUAAAGUGAGCAAAAUUGAAUAUUUACAAUUUUGUUAGUAAGCAUAUAUUGAGAAAUUGAGUCAUUAUUACAUUAAAUGUAAUUGCACAACCAGGAGAAGGGGCACCAUAUUAGCUUUGAUUAGAUGCACUAUGUAUAAACGUUAUCUGAUGUUUUGCUCAUUCCUAUCAAACAAUGUUUAUCUGUAUUAUCCCCGUUAAAACUAAUAAUAAUAGGAAGAAAUCAGAGUUGAAAUUGAAUAGAAAAGCUUAUUUUCUUUCGAAAUGCAAUAAACCUAAAAUUCUGUUUCGUAUUUUGGUCAGUUUGAAUCCAUAUAUUAGAGGAUUAAUCACAGGAGGAAUCAGCAGAAAUUCAAUAGCAAUAAAGUUCUGAAGGCUUUGACGUAUAUCUGUGGAGCCAAAACGCAUAUACAUCAAAUCAAAUAUUAUUACAACAAGGAAUGUGAUUAAAGAGGUCAGGUGAGGAACACAUGUCUGCAUAAACUUUACCCUGUCUUCUUUGGACCUUGAACAAGAUUUUAUAAUAUGCAUAUAAGUCCAUAUUGUAAAAAAACCCAUGAGACACAUAAAUGACUAUGGUUGUAUAUGAAAGAAUCUCACUGGAAGAGGUGUCAACAUCAGAGCAAGCAAGUUUAACAAUUAUCCAGUUAACACAAAAGAGUUUCUGAAUUUUGAAACUACACAGCUUUAGUCUGGAGGUUAGCAGAAGACUAACAGAGAAAACGCAGAAAGGUGUUAGCCAGGAGAAACAUAUGAGCUGAGAGAGCCUCCUCUUUGACAUGACAGAGUGGUAGUGUAGUGGUCGACAUAUAGCCAUAUAUCUGUCGUAAGCCAUGACUGCUAAAAUGGAUAAAUCACAGCAAGCAAACGAGUACAUGACAAAAGCCUGCAAAAGGCAUCCUUCAUAUGAGAUUUGUUGAGAAGAAGUCAGCAGAUCUAAGAGGAAUUUAGGGAAGAAACCUGUGGGCCCAUAAAGUCCAUUAAUGCAAAAACUGCACAAUAAGAUGUACAUGGGUUCAUGCAUGUUUUCAUCUAAGAUGAUGAUCAGGAUGAGAGAGAUAUUGAGAAACAAUAUCACACAGUAAUACAGUAAAGCUAGUGAAAAGAUAGCCAUUCUGAUAUUCAUUGUCUCAUUUACCCCUGCGAGAGUGAAAAUCCUUACAACAGAAACAUUGUCCAUAAUCAGAUAUUACAUAUUACCAGUUUUUAAAUCUUAAAUUGUUACCUGUACAGCAUACAAUAGGAGGUCAGAGUGAUAUGAUCCUCUGAGCCGUCUGCUCUGACUCUAGUUUCCCUCCAUGCCAUCUAUUUAUAACAGCUUUCACUACAACACCACACUGAGGAAUUGGAAGAUAUCAUUAAUAAAACCAUCGGAUCCGUCCAAAAUAGGGCAAAAGAUGAUAUCAAAUACCACAAUAUGUUUUACAAAAAUCCUACAUUUCUUAUUUUGGGUUGGUUGAUUGAGAUUCAUUGUGUGGUCAGGUAAUUCAACUGCUAGCCUGUUAAUGGGGAACUUCUAGUUUUUGCGGAAAAGAAGAUGUAUACAAAUAUUGCUCUAUAUUUAGGCCAGAUUCAGGUGAACAAUGAAGAGUGUCCCACAAUGGAUUACAGCUCCCACUCCUUCAAUAUUAGACGUAAUUUGCUUCCAGGUGUUUCUCCAUGAUGCUAGCUGUAUACAUGUCAUAUGUCAGGAUGUGAGCCGACUUUUAGUAAAUGUAACUCUGGGUUUACA